UCGUCGGUGUCGGGUCGCAUCGAAAAACAGUUUGAAAGGCAUCUUUUGAAGAGAUCUUAUCGUCGACAUUAAGAAGGUUGACACAUCAACAAAAACUAGUUCACGCGAUAUUGAGUGUUAUCGUAAAUUCUUUUCAACGUAUACGAAUUAUCAAAAAUUUGAACAAUCCAAUGGUUUAAUGGAAAUGAUCAUAUUAAAAAGAAUUUUUAAGUUACAUAGAGAGAAAGAGAGAGAUAGAUAGAUAAAAGAGACCGAAAGAUCAGUGAGAGUAAUAGAACGGUCAGCAGCAGCAACAGCAGUAGCGUGAUUCAGUAAGCGGAAGAGCAACGAGGUGGGGAGAGGGAGGUAAUCGUGAAGGAGGAGGUGGUGGUGGUGGUGGUGAAGGAAGAGGAGGAGGAGAUCGACGUUUAUUGAGUUCAGGGUGCACAUGCUGAAAAGACGGGAAAUAACGAACGUUCUAAUUUAUAGUCGUCUUCGUCCUUACUAUAAUAUACGUCAUCAAAAUGAAGGCUUUUAUUGUAUCAGCUAUAGUAAUAGUAACAGGAAUAUUCGUAUUUAUUUUGGGCUAUUAUUUGGCUGUUCACAAUGUUGCCCUAUUUACUCGUAUCCUUCACGAGCAAAUGGUUCUAUCGGAAAAUUCAAAAAGUUACGAGUUUUGGAAGGAUACGAGUAAUCUUCCACCUAUGCAUUUAGAUUUAUACUUUUUUAAUUGGACGAAUCCAGAAGAUCUGACUCUUCCUGGUGUUAAACCAAAUUUUGUACAAGUCGGUCCUUAUAGUUUUUUAGAGAUCAAGAAAAAAGUAAAUAUUACCUUUCAUCCAGAAAAUAACACCGUGAGUUACUUUCAACAACGAUUCUGGUAUUUUGAUCAAGAACGUAGUAAUGGAACAUUGCAAGAUUAUAUCAUACAACUUGAUGCCGUAGCAGUAUCAGCCACGCACAAAAUACGUAAUUGGUCAUAUUUCAUGCAAAACACCCUUUCCUAUUUACUUACCUCGAAAUCUGAUUUAAGUAUAAGAAAGACCGUUGACGAAUUGUUGUUCACCGGUUAUGAGGAUACAUUAAUUAACAUGGGAAAGAUUGCAGCUUCACAGGAUAUGCCACCCUUUGAUCGUUUCGGUUGGUUUUAUUCGAGAAAUGGUUCUAUUACCUUCGAUGGUAACUUCAAUAUGGAUACCGGUGCUGGGGACAUCAGUCAAUUAGGUGUAUUGAAAAAAUGGAAUUACAAGGAUACCACCAAUUUCUUUAAAAGUCCUUGCAAUGUAGUCGAAGGAAGUGCAGGUGAAUUUUGGCCACCCCAUCAAAUGGAAGCUGAUAUUAUUUUGUACAGUUCUGACGUAUGCAGAACAUUGACGUACGAAUUUGAGAAACAGAUUGAUUAUAUGGGUAUCAAAGGUAAUAAAUAUACACUUGAUAAAAAAUCAUUAGCAAACAAUACAAAAAAACGUUUUCCACAUGACCAAGCUAAAUAUUUUGAGAUUACAACUACGACUGAGGAUUUCUUCGAGUCCGAUUAUUCGGAGGAAGUUACCCAGACGCCUAAAGACAACGAUGAUCCUGACGUUGUUAAUUUAGGGAAUUGUUAUUGCAAUGGUGAAUGCAAUCCUAGUGGAUUAAUAAAUGUUACUUUAUGUCGUUACGGAGCACCUGCCUUUUUAAGUCUUCCUCAUUUUUACAAAGCUGACCCUGUAUUUGGUAAUCAAGUCAUAGGGAUGAACCCUAACGAAGAAGAUCACAGUUUUUACAUCGUUUUAGAACCGACUACCGGAAUACCUUUAGAAGUAGCUGCUAGGUUACAAGUAAACAUGCUCAUUCAACCAUCUCAUACCAUUACACUUUUCAAAGAUAUUCCAAAGAUGUACUUCCCAAUAUUUUGGUUUUCCAUGAAGGUAAAAGCACCUGAACAAUUUAUAUCCGAAUUGAAAACUGUGUUCAUACUUAAAGACGUAAUGUUAUGGUCUGGUGUUUUCCUAAUUCCAACUGGAGUUACCAUGAUAUUUUCAACUAUUAUUUACCUGUACUUUAGAAGGAAUACAGAAGUUCACGAACAAUUAAAAUUGGAGAACGCGAAUGGUUCUUCAAAGAAAAAUGUGGAAUCCGUCUACUUGAACAAAAUAAAUCCCGAUGAUGACACUCACGUCAGAAGUAAUCAUCAAUUGUAUCCGAAACUUUAUUGAUGAGUUUAUUAUGUUGUUGUUUUUUGUUUAUCUUUUUUAUCAGAUCAUCCUACUUGUGACAGUUGUAGUCGAAUUUGAAGAUUGAUUAUCUUAAAUUCGUCCAGUGAGUCUUGACAGACAACUAUUCUCGAUCGAGCUUCGAUAAUUUUUUGACCAAAAGAGGAAAUACUUAUCCUUAUUUAAACAAAUUACCGUCGUCAAUCAAAUCGAUAAAUAUAUAGAUGAUAUAUGU